AUGGGUUGCCGCCGGGCUUCGUGUUCGGGACAGCUUCGGCUGCGUAUCAGAUCGAGGGAGCGGUGGACAAGGGUGGGCGCGGCCCAACGAUCUGGGACACCUUCUCCCACAUGGAUCCACCCAAGGUACGAGGAAGAUGCCGACCUGACCAAGGCCGCAGGGUUCGACGGCUUCCGAAUGUCGUUCGCGUGGAGCCGCAUCUACCCGGAGGGGGAGGGCGACGAGCCUAACGCUGAGGGCAUCCAACACUACCACGACGUCAUCGACUCGUUGCUGGAGAGGGGGCUGGAGCCAGUGGUCACGCUGUACCACUGGGAUCUACCGCAGGCUCUGGAAGACAAGUACGGCGGUUGGCUCAACGAAUCUAUCGUCCCGGCGUUCGAUGCCUACGCGGACACCUGCUUCCGGGAGUAUGGCGGCAAGGUGAAGAAGUGGAUCACCAUCAACGAGCCUUGGAGCUUCGUGCACCACGGCUACUCCACAGGCGGGCACGCACCCGGACGCUGCUCAAACAGGACACACUGUGAUGAAGGGGAUAGCUUCACGGAGCCCUACAUCGCGGGGCACAACGUCCUCAACUCUCACGCUAGGGCGGUGUCCACCUACCGAACCAAGUACAAGGCGGAGCAACGGGGAAUUAUCGGCAUGACUCUCAACUGUGACUGGGCUGUGCCGCUGGACCCUGACUCCGACGCCGACAAGGCGACGGCGGAGCGUUUCGUGGAAUUCCAGUUGGCGUGGUGGGCCGAUCCCAUAUACUUCGGGGACUACCCUCAGGUCAUGAAGGACCUGGUCGGGGAUCGGCUUCCGGUGUUCACGGAGGAGGAGAGCGCCCUGAUCGCCGGGAGCAACGACUUCUUCGGCCUGAAUCACUAUACGUCCUGGUACUACACCGACAUCCCCGAUGAAGACCCGCCACGAGAGGGAACGUCGCCGGCGAAGGCCCGCGCCGCCGGUAUCACGCUUCCCGAGACACCUCCGGGCGACGGCUGGUCGAUGGACAUUGGUGCCAUCCAGACCAAGAUGGACCUGAACGGGACGAUGAACGGCGGCGCCGCGGCAACAGACUGGCUUACCAUUGCGCCCGAGGGGUUCCGGCCACUGCUGGUAUGGGUUGCUUCGCGGUAUGGCCGACCCAUCAUCUUCGUCACGGAGAAUGGCGUGGACAGGGCCGGCGAAGACGAAAUGGAGUUGGAGGAGGCGUUGAAGGACGAGGCGAGGCAGUCGUACUACCACGGCUACAUCACGUCCAUGGUGACGGCGAUGGUGGAGGAUGCGGUGGACGUGAGAGGCUACUACGCGUGGUCUAUCCUGGACAACUUCGAGUGGUCCGACGGCUACAGGCCCCGGUUCGGGCUGACCUUCGUCGACUACGACAACGGGCAGGCGCGGUACCCCAAGGACAGCUCCAAGUGGUUCGCCAGCCUUGCCAAGGCUAGACGGGAGCGCCGCGACGGCAACAUCACCGCCGGCUGUGACUGCACCGACUCCUCCUCCUCCUCCUCGGAUGACGAUUCGGACGACGAUUCGGACGACGAUUCGGACGACGACUUCGGUGGCGAGGCCGCCAGCUUUGGCGAAGAAGGCGGUGCCGCGGACAUGCAGAUGGCGGCGGGGGAAGGGGGCCAGCAGAUAGAAGGAGGGGAGGGUCCUCACGGGCUUCAGGACGCCGGCCGGGCGUCGGGAGGGCUGGUUCUGCUGUGCUUGCUGGUGGCAGCGGCGGUAGGGGCGGUCGGGUUUAGCCUAGGGAAGUACAGCCGGUGGGCUUGGGGACGGGGUGCGCGGUACGAGGGCUUGGCGGAGCUCCCGCGGUCGAAGGGUUGGUGGGUAGCGGCGUUCCUGUGCUCGGGCUUCGUGGCGGGAGCCACCUGCUCCGUCUUGCUUCUCCGGUCGUGAGACGAUGGCUGCUGCGCGAGCGACGUACGUUCACUGC